AAGCCCAACAUGGCGGCUAUUUCUCGAGAACGUCACUUUCUAAAAUUUUCUGUGCAUAAAUGGUCGAGCUAUUCGUCAAAUUAUUACCCAGAAAAUGUCACAUUUGACAAGCCCAGUGACCAGUCUUCACGUUGGUCAUCCGACUCGAAUAAUCCUCCUCAGUUCCUGACUCUGAAGUUGGAGUUGCCUGCAAUUGUGGAGACCAUUACAUUUGGAAAGUUUGAGAAAACCCAUGUCUGCAACCUGAAAAAGUUCAAGAUUUAUGGUGGGCUAAGUGAUCAGAAUAUGAUUGAGUUGCUGGAGAGUGGCCUACGAAAUGAUCACCAGCCAGAGACUUUCAGCUUGAAACAUAAGAUUGAUGGAAAUGACUUUCCUUCCAAAUUCAUCAAAAUAGUACCUAUCCAGUCAUGGGGUCCAAGUUUCAACUUCAGUAUCUGGUACAUGGAGCUGUCUGGUGUGGAUGAUCAACAUUUUGUAAAGCCUUGUAUGAAUUGGUAUAACACAUAUCGGGAACGAGAAGCAAUCCGACUCUGUCUGAAGCAUUUACGCCAACAUCAUUACACAGAGGCAUAUGAGGCAUUGCAGAAGAAAACAAAGAUAUCAUUAGAACAUCCGGCAUUGACGGAACUCCAUGAACAACUGGUGCUACACGGAGACUACAACACAUGUGAGAGAUUGAUAGAGAAGGCUUGUUCAGAGGGCCUAUUUAACAACUUCAUCAGUCAGCAGGAUUACAAGCCAAAGUGGACUCCCAUUGAGCCUGCUGUUCUCUGUUUAGAUUCCAACACCGAUGCCAGGCCUGGGAUGAGAGGAGGACAUCAAAUGUGUAUAGAUACUGUGACAGAAACUGUCUAUUUGUUUGGCGGAUGGGAUGGCAUUCAGGACUUGGCCGACUUCUGGGCGUAUCAUUUUCCUUCCCAACAGUGGAUGUGUCUUUCAAAAAAUACGGAUGAAGAAGGUGGUCCUUCGGCACGGUCGUGUCAUAAAAUGUGUUUAGAUUUAGAAAGGAAACAGAUCUUCAUACUCGGCAGAUACUUGGAUUCCUCUAUGAGGACAAAAGAUAAUCUGAAGAGUGACUUCUACAUGUAUGAUAUCGAAAGUGGUAAAUGGACAUUAAUAACUGAGGACACAUCAGCGAUGGGAGGUCCUAAAUUAGUCUUCGAUCAUCAAAUGGCAAUAGAUACUGAACAACACACAAUCUAUGUGUUUGGUGGGAGAGAACUUGCUGGUGUAAACAGUGACUCUGAGAGAAGUCCUGACCCCGUAUUCAGUGGUCUGUACUCUUACCACAUCCCUACGAACACGUGGACACGUCUGAGUGAGGACUGUGACAAAAUCAAGUCAAGAAUUGGACAUUCUAUGCUGUUUCAUCCAAGUCUCAGGCUGCUGUAUAUUUUUGCUGGACAACGACAGAAGGAAUACCUGAAUGAUUUCUUUACUUACAAUGUCGAUACUGGAGAAGUGAUUGUGAUAAACGAUGGAACUUGCAAGGAGGGAGCCCAGUUGCCAUCAGCUGGCUUCACUCAGAGAGCUACAAUUGACCCGGAUUACAGUGAAAUCCAUGUCUUAUCUGGUCUCAGUAAGGAGAAAGACAAGAGGGAAAAUAUGAAGAAUUCUUUCUGGGUGUACGAUAUAGUAAAAAAUAAAUGGUCUUGUAUAUACAAAAAUGAAGGUACCUCACCAGCUGCUUGUACAAAGAAACAGCUGUCUGAGCCCGUGCCAAGAUUUGCUCAUCAGUUGGUGUAUGACCCAGUCAGAAAGGAGCAUUACUUGUUUGGAGGGAAUCCAGGGAAAGAUACGUUACCUAGAAUGAGACUAGAUGACUUCUGGGCAUUAAAGUUGUCCCGGCCUUCCAAAGAACAGCUGCUACGUAAAUGUAAAUACUUGUUGAGGAAACAGAGAUUUCAGGAGAUAGCGUCUACAAAUCCUGUUAAUGCGCUGAGAUACCUGCAAACAGAUCUUGCUCAGACCGUGGAUCACUCAGAUUUGGACGAUUCAAGAGAAUUCCAGCUCCUGGCAUCUGAGUUAUUCAAGGAUUCAGAAACUGAAACCGAAGUCACUCUUCUCAAUCCAGACGUGAAUGAACAUUUUAUCAGCCGAACAAAGCUCUUCGACAUGUUAGUUGGCUUCUUCCCUGAUGAUAUGACGCAGCCAAAAUGUAAUCUGAUUGAUCUUAUCGAGAUGUCCUAAAUCCGUAGAGGAUAACCCAGAGAAACUAAUGAGAAACAAAUAUUACUGAAUCGAUUGACUGUUUCACUAGAAAGGCGCAGGCACUCAAACUUAUGGUGAUUUCACACAGAAAAUGCAGCUGUUGAACAAAAUGUUACAUUUCCUCUGAAACUUCAGAGUCCAAAGUACCUUAAAUUACCAGCUUUGCUAGAAUUGGACAAAUCUUGACCAAGAAUUAGCCGUUUGAAGCGAACUUCUGACAGAUUUUCUUGGUCAUUUUAGGCCUGUUUGUGUGCAGUGCCUUUGAAGUGGACCACAUUCUUUAUCUCAUUAGUGGAUUGAGACUUCAGCCGAGAAAAUAUUUUUGAUCGAGUCAAUUCAAUUCGGAUAUGCGGUAUCUUUGUACAAGUAUGCCAAAUCUUCUGUGUGUUACUUGCAUAAUUAUUUCAAUGCUAGUCAAGAUGGAUAUCAUAAGGGUUGGGUCAUUAUGAUGUAAAUUUCAUUGUUGUUUGUUUACUUAAUAGUGGAACAUUAUGAAAUUCUAAAUAUUUUCAUCCUAAUUCAUUCGUAAUGUCAUUGUUUUCUCAUUAUCGGAUAGUUUUACCACUCUUAGCUUUUUUUUCUCCCAACAAAAUAUUUAUUUAUAUUAAUAUAAAUAAUCAUUUGUAUAUUUUUGCCAUUAAGGACAGUUCUAAGGACAACAUUUUCACAUGGAAAAUGUUUCAGUGUUUUUAAACACCUACCGGUACAUGUAUUACAUCCUUGUUGCUGCCGUGUUAUGUAGAAUGGAUCACAGAAAUACUGAUAAGUUGGGCAAGUGACCCAUUGGCAUUUCUUCCCCUUCAUCAUAUUGAUGUUCUGUUGAGUAGUUGAGAAUUGUUUUGUUAAGUUCAGUCAAAGUGUACCUCAUUCAAUCAGCUGAUAAAUGUUGCAUUUAAUUUUCAUACUGAUUUGCUUGGUUGGCAAGAAACAAUCACAGUUUGCAUAAUUUGGUUGUAUGAACGGGUCAUUGUAGAAGAACAUGUUUUAGUUGGCAUGUUGGUUGCAGAUGCUUGAAGGGAAGCUUCAGUAUUGGUUGUCAUUUCAUCACAACUUGCAGAAAGGGAAAGAAACGUGUGACGUUUCAUUCUUAAAAUACUGCAGUUAGAAAAUUGUGUGAGAUGAUGGCCAUUACCAAUGCUGACUGCCCUCAUUGGAAGUGACCAACAUGGUUAGGUGGGCAUUAUGGGAUUGAUUUAUAUGGUCCUGGUUCACUUGAUUUUCUUCGUGGACAAGAAUUCACUUAUUCUUUCUCCGUUACCAGGUGGCAAUCAAAUCUUUUCAAAUGUUUUGCAAAAAGGCUUGUUUUUUGUCUUUGGCCGGCUGGAAUCAGAAACACUGCUGUCGGGCAAAAAUUAUUUUCUUGGACAAAACUAACUGAAUCAAGGGAAUGGCUCUGUAAUUGACUCAAUCGAACAAUCCCACUCUUGUAAUGUUGCUUUUGUUUGUAAUUGCAAUUAAAA